AUGUCUGUUGUCCUGGUGUUCACCGACGCCGGGCACCUGGCGCUCUUCCAGGCCACCGUGGCGAACAUCUCUGCCGGGGUGGUGGGUGCGAUGAACUCGUUGUGGACAGCCGUGGUGGCAUACGCUCUGCCUGAUUUCCUGUCCAAGAUGACGGACGCGACCUCCAGGAACAUGAAGACAGCAGCCUACAAAAAGUGGUUUGGGAUUGCGUAUCUCCUCGACAAUGAACCUCACGCUCCUGCCUACGGCCUGAUGCUGGACGCUGACCUCCGACUGUUCAACACCUCCGACUGCAGCCUGAGUGGCCGGUGGUCAAGGCUGCUCUCGCGGAUUGAGCGGAGCGAGGCCAGGAAGGAGUGGUUGGGCAUACCGCACGCGAACAUGACAAGAUCGGACACCCGCGAGGGUGCGUGGGCCAUGUCGAUGCAGCGACGGGUGCUACGGGUCAAUGCUGUCUGGGUCGUAGGCGGGGGCGCCACGUUCGACCGCCACUGUGUGACGGAGCAGUGCCAGCGGCUGAGGUGGCAAGUGGACAAUGUAUUCUUUACGUGGUGGACAGAUCUGCCUUAUGUCAACCUCCGUGUCGCCUCCAGGAUGCUGGUCUUCCUGGGCGGCGGACGGGCGAAGCUCGAGACGGCGAACUGUAGCUUCCAGAGCCUCUCCCGGAGCCUGGAGUACACCCCGUUCGAGCACCUGGCCUACCAGCAGUGGUGUGUGCUCCACGAGGGCUUUGCCUUCCGGGACAUGUCCGACGUCGUGACGAGCACCGCGAACUGGGGCUCGUUCAUGGAGGGCCCUGCGGCGGGAGCUCGGUUGGUGGACCUGAGGCCCGGCUGGGUGUCUGCGCGGGCGCUUGCCAUGGCCCAGGACGGCGAGAUACCAGACCUGUCGCCUGCAGAGCCGCUGCUGCUCUUCCACAUCGACCGCCAGGCCAAGGACGUCAUCGUUCCCACCCGCACGGAGAUGCAGAGGCGAGGCGUGAGCAUCAAUCUGUGA